AUGCGGAUAUGCCUGUCAACAUCUUUUAUAUAUGGAGGUUCUGAGAGUCUUUUUUUUUCCAGCGGCUCUCCCUGCUUCCCCCCCACUCCCCCGUUGAGUCAGGGGCCCACAAAGAGGGGCCAUGCCGCGCUGCAGGGUAAAGGCGGAGGAACUCAAGGUUUUGCGUCAAAUACUAGCGCGCAGACAUCUCUACGAAAGAGGCAUUCUGUAGACAUCAUGGUGCCGUGGGGGCUCUCGGGGGGCCCCGCGUUCCACCCCGGCCGCUUUUGGGUUCUUUGGCUGCUUUUCAUCCUAGCCAUACAGGCGCUCAGAGUAAGAACCUUGGAACAGGACUUCCACAGCGUUGAUAACAAACCUUCGGGUGAUCAUGGGGAUAAGUUGGGUGGCCACCAGGAGCAGGGAGGGGAGCAGCGUGAGGCACAUCAACAGCAGCCUGAUUUCGAGGGGCAGGAGGAUCCAGAGCAGGAGCAGAAGCAGGGAUUUGAGUUACAGGAGUACCAGAAAGAUGACUUACAAGUGGCGGAUGCAGAGGAGGAGCAGCAGCAACAACAGCAGGAGCUACAGUAUCAAAAGGGAGUGGGUCAGAGCUUUCAGUUGCUUGAGGAUAUGAAGGGUACGGAUUCGGAGUCUCUUGCUACUGCGACGGUGCAGCUUCAGGGGCUAUUAAAAAGUCUAGAAAGGUGUCGAGGGGUAGAGAAGAGCCAGCAGGGUAUGGUAGACUCCAUUCAGCGGGCGUUGAAAACUCCCCAAUCGCCUUCGCCUCCUACACCAAGUCCAGGAGCCGCUGGGAGUUCCGGGGUGCAGGGCCCGGCCAAUCACCUCAAGAGGAAAACCAUGAAACUGCACUUGGGGUUUGCAGAGACAGCGGCUGCAACGGUCAUAGGCAGGAGGGCAGACGACGAAGACGCUCUACUGCUCUCGGCGCCGCUCCCCGGGAGGCCCAGUUCAUUCAUUACGGGUUUAUUCGAUGGGCACGGCGGUCACGUGGUCGCCCGUAAAUGUUCAGUCCUCGCGCCGACGUUCUUUGGCAGGAUGCCGGACUUUUCAGGGAAUUCGUUUGCUGAGGCGAGCUUCGCCCUCGACGCCGCACUCCGCAGCGAUCCGGAAAUACCAAUUGGACCCGGCUCGACAGGAAUAAUCGGCAUUUUGCUCGCUGAAGACCCCGCAGUCCCUGAGUUUACUUUGCACGUGGCCAACAUCGGGGACUCGCGGUUACUGGUUUUGCACACCGACGGAACCUUCACACCGAUGUCGGUCGAUCAGAAACCCAACGACCCCGUUGAGAUGGCUCGUGUGCAGCGCGCUGGCGGCUCUGUGAUGAGGACGGCGAUGGGAGUCUGGCGUAUUGACGGCCGCCUGGCUCUUAGUCGCAGCUUCGGAGACUUCAGGAUGAAGGGUAGGACGGACAUUUUGCCCUCACAGCAGAAGGUGGUGGCCUUGCCACACGCCAGGACCAUUAAAGUGAAGGCAGGGGAUAUCUUGGUCUUCGCUUGCGACGGUGUGUUCGAGGCUCAAGGGAUGACAUGGAAGUUCGUCGCGAGCUACGUGUCCGCUCAACUCGAGGCAAGUGGUUUUCCGUAUCGGCGGAGGUUGCUUCGGGCCACUGGGGGGAACUUGGAGGAGACUGUGUCGCGACUAAUCAGUACUGCCUAUUUAAUGGGCAGUGGCGACAACAUCAGCGCAAUGAUUAUCAGAAUUAGUCCAAGGGAAUUUGGAGAGCCAGCUGUCUCCGCAUCGGAGGUGGACAUUAUGGGUGUGCCUUCCAAAUAG